UGUGCGAAAGCGAUGGAAAUGAAAAUUGGUCGCGGAGGCGUCAGGUGCGAGUGCUCCCAGCCCUGCCUGGAUAUUGAGUACCGGACUUCAACAAGUACUACGGCACUGCGCAGGAAUGAGGUUCUGAAUAAUUCAAGUCACCAUGCCAGGAACAGCCUGCAAGCAGUGGUCACCGUUUAUCGACAGUCGCUACGGACGCGCGUCAGAGCAAGGGUCCCUAAAGUGAAGUUCGCCACUGUGCUCAGCCGUGCCGGAGGCCUGAUGGGCAUGUACCUGGGCGUAUCCGUGCUCCUACUACUCAGCCUGGCCGACGCCCUGACAACGGCGUUUCUUCAGUGGAUCUCGACGAAGGACUGGCGCCAGCGUUAGAAUUGCUUUCACAGCGACUGCCCGGCGGUAAUAAGUCACGAGAAAUAAAGCUGUAGUUCUCAUUAUCGAUGCCCUGCACUUUCUUAACGAGUUGCAAA